UCAGCUUCUAGAAGUUUUCACCGUUCACGCGAAGCGUUUUUUAACGUUUUUCUUUCGUUUACAUUUCAUAUAGCAGAACGUUUUAUUUUCCUAAAUCGUUAAUGGAACCGCACGGUAACGCCGGGAUAUUUUUGUAGCGACGGAAAAACGGCUACCGGGCAAAGUUCCCCAGCUAACAGGCUAGCUUGGUUUAGCUUAGCUAGCUCUCCUGCUCGGUCUCCGUGUCUCUCAGGCUAAGCGCGAGCGGCUAACGGUAACGUGCACUCGGCUGGCCGAACACGCCUUUGCUCUCGGGGGGCGUUUGAUGGAUCCUAGAAUCGCCUGGUUCCAGCCAGAACAGCGCGGACCCGCCAACAGUCUGUGGAUGCAAAUUUGGGAGACGACACAGGGCCUCGGUAACCUCUACUUCCCCGGGAACGCUAGCAGUUACAGCCUGGCUCAGAGCGCACCGAGCCCCGACAGCGGGGCUCCCGAGAGCACAGGAGAGCCGAACGGUCGGGUCAUGUCUGGAGACCUGCUCGCCCAACAGCGGGACUUCAUUCCUCUGGAAAGCAACAAUAACAACAACCAGAAGCAGCAGCAGCGGGGUGCGUUUGGUUGCCGGGGCGGCGCCGGAGGAGCUUCGGCGUGGAGAGGAGCGCAGGAGGCUCAGUGCAACAAGAGGAAACGCGAGAACAAGGCGAGCACCUUCGGCCUCAACAGCAGCCUCCUACUGAACGGAUCCGGCUCGUCGGAGCACCGGUACGCCGGUACACCGUGGAAACGGAGGAACUACAGUGAGGGAGUCGUCGGACUGCACGAGGAAAUCAAAGACUUCUAUGAGUACAUGUCUCCUCGACCAGAGGAAGAGCGAAUGAGGCUGGAGGUCGUCGACAGGAUCCAGAGAGUCAUCAAGGAUCUUUGGCCCAGUGCAGACGUCCAAGUGUUUGGCAGUUUUAGUACCGGCCUGUAUUUGCCCACAAGUGAUAUCGACCUGGUAGUAUUUGGAAACUGGGAGACUCUACCGUUGUGGACACUGGAGGAGGCGCUGCGCAAGAGGAACGUAGCAGACGAGAACUCGAUCAAAGUGCUGGACAAAGCAACGGUCCCCAUUAUCAAACUGACCGACACUCUCACCGAGGUCAAAGUGGACAUCAGUUUUAACGUACACAGCGGAGUGAAGGCUGCCAAUCUCAUCAAAGACUUCAAAAGGAAAUACCCAGUCCUGCCGUACCUGGUGCUGGUAUUGAAACAGUUUCUGCUGCAGAGAGAGCUGAACGAGGUCUUUACUGGAGGGAUCGGAUCAUACAGCCUGUUUCUGAUGGCUGUCAGCUUCCUACAGUUGCACUACAGAGAAGAUGCGUGCAGUCCCAACUCCAACAUCGGUGUCCUGCUCAUCGAGUUCUUCGAGCUGUACGGGCGAAACUUUAACUACUUGAAGACCGGCAUCCGAAUUAAAGACGGCGGCUCGUACGUGGCCAAAGACGAGGUGCUGAAAGGCAUGCUGGAUGGCUACAGGCCGUCUAUGCUGUACAUUGAGGAUCCUCUGCAGCCUGGUAACGACGUCGGUAGGAGUUCGUACGGCGCCAUGCAGGUGAAGCAGGCCUUCGAUUACGCCUUUAUCAUCCUGAGCCACGCUGUCUCUCCCAUCGCCCGCUUCUACCCCAACAACAAAUCUGAGAGUAUUCUGGGCCGAAUAAUUCGUGUCACUCAGGAGGUAGUGGAAUAUCGAGACUGGAUCAGCGAGCACUGGGGCGGGAAGAACAAAAGCGACACUGCACUCUGUAACGGAAAUGACGUGACUCUCCUGGUGGAGCCCCAGGAGCUCGACGAGUGUAACAACAACAUGUCCGACGACAUCGUGGUCCUUCCUCCAGCGUCGCGGAGUAAAGCGUCCUCCAACUCGUCCUCUCCGCUUCCCUCCUCGCCGUCAUCGCCGUCUUUAUCCCUGUCGCCGUGUCCUUCCUCCACGGCGUCCAGCGAUGCGGAUUCCGAUGGGACGCCGUGUAAGACGAUAAGACAGCAGCCCGGACCCCGCGGCCCCGGCGUUCACAGAGACAACUCCGAGAGGACCGGUCACAGGACGCAGUGUCACUCUAUGAACACGCCCACCUCCAGUCACAAAGGCAACAAGGGCCGACAGUUUCGACCGAGCAAAAACUCUCAAGUCCAGCAAAACGUCUCCAACGGCAAGAGCCACCAAAGCAAGGCCCACCUCCACGCCGCCGGCAAGAGGAGGAAAAACCAGCGCGAGGCAGCACAGGAGGAGUUGUACAGAUAGGGCGCGGUCCUCUCUUCCAGACUCUUAUGUGCUCCGUCUUUGCUUUCAGUAGGGGGCGCUGCCGGUGUUUAUCUGCCCUCUUUACCUUCACACAGACGUCUGGAAUUUUUUAACCUUCGGUAAAAGGAAGCGACUGAUGCAAAUAAGACGUCCAGGGCUCUAAAUCAUGUGACGAUUGUUUUUCUCUUCCACACUGGCUUUUUACUUCCUCUGCUUCCUGCGCUGGAGUCGUGGACGGGACGCGCACCACAGCGGCCGUACGAGUGGCGGAAGUGUGGAGGACCAAAGACUUAUGAAGAGAGUGAGACUCGGUGGAGCAAUACUGGACUAAUAAUAAAAAAAUAUAUAUAAAAGACUGAAAUGUAAACAAAAAAAGGUUAUAUUAAUAUUAAUGAUUUUUUAAAUGAUAAAAAUACAAUCUGUGGAAUAUUCAGGCCAGGAAUAAUGCAUGAAGGUUUCUGUUUUUGGGUGAAGGUAGAAGUCCUCUGUCAUUUGUGCUGAUUUAAAUGGAUUUGUACUUAAAAACAAAAAGAAAACAAAGCAAAAAAAAAAAGAUCACAAACCUGCAAAUAAGAUGAAAAAAAAAUCAAAAAAACAUAAAACAGCCUCUAAAACAGAAACUUUGUUAAGAAUUUUUUACAGAAUCAGAAUUUUGAUUGUAAACGGUGACACAGAAUUCACAACAUCAACUUGGAAUUUAACUCAGUAUGAUUUGCCACUCAUCAGCAUUGUGUGUGUGUGUGUGUGUGUGUGUGUGUGUGUGUGUGUGUCUGGUGUAUAUGGUGAUUUAUACAAAAAUGUGUGUUUGUAAGGGUGUGUGUGUGUGUGUGUGUUGUUAGUAAUUGUCCAGGUUUUACACACACGAACACACCACACAGAUUCAGUGCUCAGAUUUAAUUUGCUGGUUAUUAACAUAAUAGUCUUGACUUCAUUUGAUCACAGUAAUUAGAUAUAAAUAAAUCCCCCCUAAAAAAGAACAUUUGAUCGUAUUUAUCUGACUCUAUUUUCAUGAAAUACCAAGCCUGAAAUGGAACAAGCUUAUUUAUGUUUGUGAAAGACGUGUGUGAAAGCUUUAUGCAGUGUAGACGUGGAUCUGUGGGCAGAUUGGAAUGAUAGGAGUUGCUCUGUCUGUAAAGUCUCAGAUUUUUUCCCCUUUUUUUCUUUUUUGAAUAUUGGGACCAUUUUAAAGAGCAAAUAUUUCCAUCUGUGAAUUGAGUACCUAAUUAAAACAUAUACAUAUAUUAUAUAUAAUUAUAUAUUUUUUUAAUUAUGUUUUUCUUCCAGUCUGUGAUUGAAUUUGUGCUCGUCCUUCUGUCGCUGCAGUUCAUCAGUUGACCAGCAGGCGGCGGAAUCGUCCCAUUUAUUUUUGCAGAAAUUGACAUGCGCUCUAAGUAUGAUUUUAAUGUGCUAAUCUGCCCACAAUCUGUUCUGUUUUGACAUGGCAUUGUCACCCAUGGGCAAAGUAGAAGUUUGGUAGUAAAGGAAACACGUUUAGACCUUUUAAAGCCGAUACAGAGAGAGCAAGAGACAUUUGAAAUGUGUACACACUAAUGCCAGGGCUCAUGACCUCGUGGUUUUCAACUGUAUUUACCAUUAUCCAGGCAAUAAAACAGCACAAUAUACAAAGAACAA